AUGAGAAAUAAAGUGGAUAAGCUUAAAGCUCAGUUGGAAGUUGAUCCCGUAACACAGCCUCACUGGGACAGGGUGGUAACGAACCUAGAGCCGCUGUACAAGCAAGUGAAAGAUAAACUGACGGAGAAGGGCAUCCAUAUCUUGCUGACGACUUUGACCGGUCUGAGCUCAGUGAUCACCGAGCUCCUAGCAAGCUGGGACGAUUUCCAGCUGCUGCAAUUGACGGACUUCUACCGGGACAGACUGGAGCAGGUGAUGGAAGGAGGGGUGCACGGAGUGAGCCUGGCGUUAACGGCCGAGAAUCAGUUCAGCGGAGAGGAACAUCGGAAAAUCUCUGAUCUCGCUGAUAAGGGAGAGCGGGCGGACAGUUCUAAACUCCUCCUGAGCCUGGUGAUGGAGAAAGGCUCCCGCGCCCGGAGGGUGAUGUGGGAAACCUUUGUGAAAAUGCGGACUGGUGUUCCAGAGUUGGACAAAAUACUGAAGGAAAUACAGGAACAUGGUUGUGUUCCGGUCCGUCGACACGUACUGGAGAUUCCCAGGGAACUGAAAGAUGUUCAACAGAAACACAAGGAGACUCUGCGGGCACAAUCUGAAACACUGAGAGUGAACACGAUCCUGAUGAGGGAGAAGGUGAAGGUUUUCCAGCUGGUUGAUCGAUACGCUGAGCUCACGGUCAUUUCUACUGUUCGAGAUCGGAGACUGGUGGAACAUGAGCUGCUGGCAAGAGGCAGAGACCACGAUGAGUGGAGAGAAAAACAUCUCCGUGGAGAGCUGGAGAAACUCCAGACGGAUCAGUUGUUCCAGAGCAGCUUUAUCCGGAGCAAAUCCAAAUCUGGGAGUUCAGCAGCAGUGGCCGGGAUCCCAGGGAUAGGGAAAACAACAAUGGUACAAAAGAUUGUUUAUGACUGGGCCACGGGGAAAAUAUACCAACAGUUCCAGUUUGUAUUUAGUUUCAAAUUCCGGGAUUUAAACUCUAUUAACUGCAGAAUAAACCUGAAGGAACUGAUUCUGGAUCAGUAUCCCUACUUUGGGAAUAUCCUGAGAGAGGUCUGGAAGAACCCAGAGGGAUUGCUGUUUAUAUUUGAUGGUAUGGAUGAAUUCAAUUACAAAAUUGUUAAUACUGACAGUCGGAGAAACACAGAACCUCAGUCCACAUGCACAGAUCCUGAAUUCAAGUGCAAGGUGUCUGACAUUGUGUACAGUUUAAUCCAGGGCAAGCUGCUCCCAGGGUGUUCAGUGCUAGUGACCACCCGCCCCACUGCGUUACAUUUAUUGGAAAAGGCAGAGAUCAGUGUCUGUGCUGAAAUCCUGGGAUUUUCCAGUGAGGAAAGGAAGAAAUACUUCAUGAGCUGA